CUUUUUGGCGUGCGGAUGACAUAUGAACGAGAACUAGGCAAGUAGCAGCAGCCAUCAUCUUCAGCGGAGGAGCUGUGGAGGAGGGGAAUUGUGAUUGGGCGCCGUUGUGUCGUGGGGGCCCAAACAAUUUCCGUCCACACCAGAAACCAUUCCUUCUCUUCUCCUCCCAAUCUCAGCUCCACAUUUUUACGGCAAUUGUUGGACCCAGCCACGCAGGCAGUGUGCCCUUGAAGACAUCGACGGACUCAAUUGGGAUUCUCUGGGCUCAAAAUGGCGUGCAGAGUCCCACACUCGAGCUUCCUUUUCUUGGGUUCCCCGAAGAGGCCGGUAGAGGCGAACGUAGUUUUCCCCCAGAGUUCUCUUUCACUAGCAACACAUAUUCUGAAGUGGGAAAGUCUGUCGGCGAAAGAAAGCAAGCAAUCGCAAUGUCGUAUAUCCUUCAGAAAAUCGAAGAUCGUGAGGGCUGUAGCUGUCUCAGUGGCGCCAUCUGCAGAAGCCGAUGCGGAGGAGAGACAGAAAUUAUGUAAGGAGUAUGGUUUUCGACAGAUUGGCGAAGCACUCCCGGAUAAUGUGACGUUGAGAGAUAUAGUUGAUUCACUCCCUAAAAAGGUAUUUGAGAUCAACAAUGUAAAAGCUUGGAAAUCGGUGUUGAUAUCCGUCACUUCUUAUGCUUUAGGGAUCUUCAUGAUUUCCAAAUCCCCGUGGUAUUUACUUCCGCUAGCUUGGGCUUGGACGGGAACGGCCAUCACCGGGUUCUUUGUCAUAGGACAUGACUGCGCUCAUAAGUCAUUCUCACGAAACAAAUUGGUGGAAGACAUUGUCGGAACUCUGGCUUUUAUGCCACUAAUAUACCCUUACGAACCAUGGCGUUUUAAGCAUGAAAAGCAUCAUGCGAAAACAAAUAUGUUGGAAGAGGAUACAGCUUGGCACCCUGUCAAGAUAGAGGAAUUCGAGUCCUCCCCGCUUCUUCGAAAAGCAAUUAUUUACGGAUAUGGGCCGAUUAGACCAUUGAUGUCCAUAGCACACUGGUUAAUUUGGCAUUUUGAUUUGAAAAAGUUCAGACCGAGUGAAGUUAACAGAGUGAAGAUAAGCUUGGCUUGUGUGUUUGGUUUCAUUGCAAUCGGAUGGCCGUUGAUAAUCUACAAAACUGGGAUAAUGGGGUGGAUCAAGUUCUGGUUGAUGCCUUGGUUGGGGUAUCACUUUUGGAUGAGUACUUUUACGAUGGUCCACCACACGGCGCCUCAUAUACCCUUUAAAUCUUCGGAUGAGUGGAAUGCAGCGCAAGCCCAGCUCAAUGGCACCGUUCAUUGUGACUAUCCGAAUUGGGUCGAGGUUCUUUGCCAUGAUAUCAACGUACACAUUCCUCAUCACAUAUCGCCGAGAAUACCAAGCUACAAUUUACGAGCAGCUCACAAAUCUCUCCAAGAAAACUGGGGAAAGUAUCUGAAUGAGGCCAACUGGAACUGGCGACUGAUGAAGACGAUAUUGACAAUGUGUCAUAUCUACAACAAGGAGCAAAACUACAUUGCUUUCGACAAGCUCGCCCCCGAGGAUUCCCAACCAAUCAGAUUCCUUAAAAGAGUAAUGCCCGACUACGCUUGAUUUCUCCGGUUGCGUAGCCAUUUUUUGUACGAGGAAUUGGGCAAGUUUAUUGUCUCAACUUUGAUCUUGAAUCUAAUUUCGAAAGCUUUUUUUUUUUAUUAAAGUUAAUAUAA